AUGCUUGCAACACUACUAUUCUUCCUAUUUUUCUCGUUGGUCCAAUCAGCAAGAAUCGACUUCAUCCCCCCGGGAUGGGAUUGGUGGACUUCUGGUUGUACAGCACAGAAAGACUGGUAUUUGUAUAAGUGCCCUCAAGGAAAUGCACAAUCCCCAGGAAACCCAGAAUUCUACUCCAACUUCCAAGAUCUCUGGUGGAUACAAGGCAAUACUUACAGAGCCGAAUUUAACUUUGGAUUCAAUGUUGACAUGAAAAGUCAACAUCUAGACUACUUAGCCUUAGAAGGGUUACCUUCACCAGACCCUCGUGUCAUCGAUGGUACUCUAGUCUUAGUGGACAAAGCCAAUGGAAUUAAUUUGUUUACUCAGAGCUGGAACCGUCUUUCAUUGACUCUCCUUAUGUUAAUUGACGCAGUUCCAGAUGAUACCAGACCUGAGCCAAGACACUGUACACCACCUUUUAAUGUUGUUGGAAGAUGGUGCCAAACUCCAGAAACUCAAGGUGGACAAUGCGAUACAUGGAAGUACAACAAGGAAUUUACUAUUGUCGUCGACUGUGCUGCUCAAGACUGUAACAUAUCUCAGAAGUGUUUCAAUAAGCAUUGUCCAGGAGGAACACCAUCAUUACCUCCCGUACCCGACCCAACACCAGAGCCAACAGAAACGGAUCCAGAAGAAACCGAAACUAAACCUACAUCUGAACCAGAAACUGAGACACCAACAGAGACAGAUCCAGAAACUGAGCCUACAUCUGACCCAGAAACUGAGACGCCAACAGAAACAGAUCCAGAGGAAACUGAAACUGAUCCAACAUCUGAUCCAGAAACUGAGACACCAACAGAGACAGACCCAGAGGAAACUGAAACUGAUCCAACAUCUGACCCAGAAACCGAGACACCAACAGAGACAGAUCCAGAAACUGAGCCUACAUCUGACCCAGAAACUGAGACGCCAACAGAGACAGAUCCAGAGGAAACUGAAACUGAUCCAACAUCUGAUCCAGAAACUGUGACGCCAACAGAGACAGAUCCAGAGGAAACUGAAACUGAUCCAACAUCUGAUCCAGAAACUGAGACACCAACAGAGACAGACCCAGAGGAAACUGAAACUGACCCAACUUCUGACCCAACUUCUGACCCAGAAACCGAGACACCAACAGAGACAGAUCCAGAGGAAACUGAAACUGAUCCAACAUCUGAUCCAGAAACUGUGACGCCAACAGAGACAGAUCCAGAGGAAACUGAAACUGAUCCAACAUCUGAUCCAGAAACUGAGACACCAACAGAGACAGACCCAGAGGAAACUGAAACUGACCCAACUUCUGACCCAACUUCUGACCCAGAAACCGAGACACCAACAGAGACAGAUCCAGAGGAAACUGAAACUGAUCCAACAUCUGAUCCAGAAACUGAGACACCAACAGAGACAGAUCCAGAAACUGAGCCUACAUCUGACCCAGAAACUGAGACGCCAACAGAGACAGAUCCAGAGGAAACUGAAACUGAUCCAACAUCUGAUCCAGAAACUGAGACACCAACAGAGACAGAUCCAGAAACUGAGCCUACAUCUGACCCAGAAACUGAGACACCAACAGAGACAGAUCCAGAGGAAACUGAAACUGAUCCAACAUCUGAUCCAGAAACUGAGACACCAACAGAGACAGAUCCAGAGGAAACUGAAACUGAUCCAACUUCUGACCCAACUUCUGACCCAGAAACUGAGACACCAACAGAGACAGAUCCAGAGGAAACUGAAACUGAUCCAACAUCUGAUCCAGAAACUGAGACACCAACAGAGACAGAUCCAGAAACUGAGCCUACAUCUGACCCAGAAACUGAGACACCAACAGAGACAGAUCCAGAAACUGAGCCUACAUCUGACCCAGAAACUGAGACGCCAACAGAGACAGACCCAGAGGAAACUGAAACUGAUCCAACUUCUGACCCAACUUCUGACCCAGAAACUGAGACACCAACAGAGACAGAUCCAGAGGAAACUGAAACUGAUCCAACAUCUGAUCCAGAAACUGUGACACCAACAGAGACAGAUCCAGAAACUGAACCUACAUCUGAUCCAGAAACUGUGACGCCAACAGAGACAGAUCCAGAGGAAACUGAAACUGAUCCAACAUCUGAUCCAGAAACUGAGACACCAACAGAGACAGAUCCAGAGGAAACUGAAACUGAUCCAACAUCUGAUCCAGAAACUGAGACACCAACCGAGACGCCAACAGAGACAGACCCAGAGGAAACUGAAACUGACCCAACUUCUGACCCAACUUCUGACCCAGAAACCGAGACGCCAACAGAGACAGACCCAGAGGAAACCGAAACUGAUCCAACAUCUGAUCCAGAAACUGAGACACCUACCGAGUCAGAAUCAGAAGAAUCAGAAACUCCUAGCAGGACUUUGGAAACGGUCACGACCACAUCGACUAUCACAUUAACCACUGUUGUCCCUUGUCCUACUGGCGGCGAGGAAACCAUCACUGUGACCGAAGUGACAGUUAUUACAACUGAAAUUGAAAAGACCGUAUCCUCACCCACAACUAUUGUUACCGAGACUAUUACAGGUCUUCCUGUUCCACCUGAGACGUUACCAACCGAAAUUGUUACUACAGUUGUAACCUCAAUUCUACCAGUUGUAACUGUGGAUACUAUUACUACUACUUCAACCAUUACUUUGACUACCGUGGUUCCACAUCCUACUGGCGGUGAAGAAACAAUCACUGUGACUGAACAGUCAGUAAUCACUUCUGAAGUCCAGAAGACCGUAUCUUCUAUUACAACCAUUGUUACAGAAACCGUCAUACCGAAGCCAUUGCCAACUCCAAUUACCAUUGAAUCUGUCAUUGUGACUCCUAUUACCGUUACAGUUACUAAUGUUAUAACAAACACUGUUGUCGUUCCAUGUCCAACGGGAGGAUACACCACAGAAGUCCAAUUGGAAACCGAAGAGAUCACCACCGAAGUUCUGAAAACUGUCGUUGUUACUACUGUAGUUACCAAGACCGAACAACAAUCCACAAUGGAAACUGUCAUCGUUUCCCAGGCAGGAAAAGUUACUACUACCAAGUUUAUAACCCAAACUGUUACUGAGUGUCCAGAAGUUAUACAAACAACAAUUUUCGAGACAAUUGCCGGCGAGACAGUCACAAGAACAGUUGAUCAUUCCGUUUGUGAGACCUAUAUAGUUGUAUGUGUUGAAGAGCCAACCAAAGAACUUGUUGAAGAAAUCAUUGAUGACGUUGUCCACUCAUACACCACUGAGUACACGAAGACUUCACUGUUCACGUUAGAACAAUUGGUUACUGAUGAAGCUGAAGAACAACAACAAUUACCAUAUGAAGAUCACAUUGAUGAAGAAGACCAACUAGUUGAAGAAAGUGGAACUUAUUCAAUCGAAGAAGCCUUGGAAGGUGCUGGUUCACAAAUGGAUCCUGCGAUGAAUAUGAUCAUGGCAAUAAUUGCUUUAUUAGUAUCUAUCUAA